AACUGGCUGGAUCUUGAGGACGGAGUGCGUCAAAGUGAGCGCGCGUAUCCAACAAGUGGAUGCAUGAAUUUGCCCGCACCAGACCAACCCUGGGACUAAAAACACAAAUAUUCAGUGGAUUGAUAACCUACUAUUUUUGUAUCAGUUGCUCAGUUUACAACUGAGACAAACAAGCUGCAGCAAUUAGCUCUGCCUCAGAUGUGAAGCUUGUCUGGGUUGAUGGUGAUGCACGUAUGUGCGCAUUGUCUCGGUCUGAGGUAGUUUUCUAUCUAAUUGACAUUGUGUAUUAAUCAGGAAAUUGUUUUAAAAGCAAAUAGAAAACUGCAAUGAGGUAAGAUAUCCCCCACAUUUUCAUGCUCUUCGCUCAUUGACCAAAAGCAAGAUUUCGGCGGACACGCUGCGGAAUCCACCGUUUCCCACCUCACCCCUUUCCCCCCAUCCAUGGACUCGCUUCUCCAUUCCCUCGGCGACCGUGGGGGGAAGUUGGGAUCCUCUCUGUAGAUAUUCCUGUAUGACGAGGGCGCAGGUGGUAGCCAAAGGUCGCAGCCAUGCCGAUGCAUCCAGUCACCUCCACGUUGAUGUACCGGGGAAUCUGCACCAUCCCUGACAUCCUCUCAUACAGCGCCCCGGUGAACCUGCCCGAAGACGAAGUUGAAGAGAUCCGUGAGGCCUUUAAAGUUUUUGACCGCGAUGGGAACGGGUUCAUUUCAAAGCAGGAGUUGGGAAUGGCCAUGCGCUCACUGGGCUACAUGCCAAAUGAGGUGGAGCUGGAAGUCAUUAUCCAGAGACUGGACAUGGAUGGCGAUGGCCAGGUGGACUUUGAGGAGUUUGUCACUCUUCUGGGCCCAAAGCUGACGGCAGCUGGGAUGCCAGAUAAGUUCAACGGCACUGACUUUGACUCCGUUUUUUGGAAGUGUGACAUGCAGAAGUUGACGGUGGAGGAGCUGAAGAGGCUUCUGUACGACACCUUCUGCGAUCACCUUUCCAUGAAAGACAUCGAGAACAUCAUCAUGACUGAGGAGAACCACAUAGAGAACCCUGAGGACUGCCAGGUGGAUAUAGACAGUUCCAGCCCGACGCAGCAAGUCAAGCAAACCUGCGUGCGCAAGAGCCUGAUAUGCGCCUUCGCCAUUGCUUUCAUCAUCAGUGUAAUGCUCAUCGCAGCCAAUCAGGUGCUGCGGAGUGGCAUGAAAUAGGAGUUGCGGCAUUUUCAGCCUUGACCACCACCCAAAGGCUGCCUUACAGAUAAAUGACUGUGGAGAUUAAGCUCAAAAAAACAACAACAAAUACAACAGACAAUCACACAGCUGUAAAACAGGCCGACAUAUGACUGCUGAAUAAUUGACAUCACCAAGGACAUGUGCAGGAAUUUGUCUUGGUGACAGAGAAAUGACAACAACUUGCAGAGUUUCAAGGACAACAGGACCUCACAAACAAAGAGGCAGAGUGUUUAAAUUGGACAGCUGACUAUACAUAUCACUCUCCAUAAUACAACAUUUAGUAUUCAUUAGCUAUGUGCAUUUGAGCAGUGUUGCAUUCAAUAUGGUGGCAGCUAUAGAAAGAAGUGUAGUGACUGUCCAGUUUUGUAUUUGUCCAGUGUACCAUGCGGUUAUUAUAAACAAGUAGAAAGAAAUCUGUGAAAUAUUGUUAGGGACAUUGGAGGAAAUGUAUUCCUUAAGAUGGAAGGUGUUGUCAUGUUCAAGGUCAGGAGUGCACAGUGUUGUGGAGUUUGCAACAUUGUUGAAGAACCACUUGGGAAUAACAAUAGCUUGGUAAGAAAUGGAGGUAAUAGGAGGGGUUUGCAGGGAGGUGCAUGUGAUUGUAUGGAUGGUUUCACUCAUUCAUAGUCUGUGGGGACUCAGUAUGAGAAAGAUGGAGUAGGGUGAAGCAGGUUAACGGCUCUUGGGAGGAAGAUGUUUAGAUCUGAAUGGACAGGUAACUGGCUGGAAAGUGGCUGGACAUGCAGUAAACACUCGACUCUUUCUGUCUCCACAGCGGGGCUUUGCAGGCCUCAGAGGAUGACCAUCAUCUAUGCAUGAAAUGCAUGGAUUUAAACAGUUGUCUUGACACAUUUGUAAAAGUUCUUAUCAAUGUAUUAAUCAUUAUGACUGUGUAACAGAACUGUUUCCAAUUACUAAAUGACAACUGUGAGCAAUUGUGUGUGGUGCGAGGUAUCAGCAAUCACAACAAAAGUAAAGCAUACAACUGCAUGAAAAAGAAGGGCUGCUUUAGUACACGCUCGUAAAAAUUAUUUCCGGGGUUUCUGAGCUAUGGACCUUUUGCCUCACCGGGCACCUGAUGAUCAUCUCUCACUGCCACCGCAUAGCGAACAACUUCAAGAUAUGUGCCACUCAACCAUUUAAAGAAUAUGCAUCAAAACUGAUCUGGUUGGUAG